AUGGCGGCUACAGUAGCAGAGUACGCAACUGCUAAAUCAUUGGCGUUGCUGGACACAGAGAACCGCGAGGUUCUCAAUAGUUUUGAUGCCAUUUUUACUCAUGGCAACACCGAUCAAGUCGCUCCUCUUGAUGAGCCUCUGGUCUUUAACCGCUUUGGACUCAGUCACAUCUCGGCCAAAGACACCCAUCAACCAAAAACGGACGUAGAUGAAUCAGCGAAGGCGGAUUUCGCUGGUGCAAAAACGUCAGUUUGGUGGGACAUUGAGAACUGCGAGGUUCCAAAGGGUUGUGACCCUCAUGGGGUUGCUCAGAGCAUUAGAUCAGUUCUGUCGAAAAGUAACUUCUGUGGUCCGCUCACUAUUUAUGCCUAUGGUGACACAAAUCAAAUCCCUUCCUCUGUACAACAAGCUCUCUCUUCCACCGGCGUAUCUCUCAAUCACGUCCCUGCCGUCUCUAAUGGCUUAAUUAUUCUCUAUGUUCUUGAUGAUGGUGAGCAUUUAACAGGAGUAAAAGACGGGAGUGACAAGAAGCUCCUUGUAGAUAUCAUGUUGUGGGCAAUGGACAACCAAGCUCCUGCUAACAUAAUGCUCAUCUCUGGUGAUAAAGACUUCUCUUAUCUUCUUCACAAACUAGGUAUGAAGAGGUAUAACAUUCUUUUGGCUCGACCUGAGAAAGCUUCAACGCCACUCAUCGCUGCUGCAAAGACCGUAUGGUUAUGGACAAGCAUUUUUAAUGGCGAUUGUCCUAACAUACCUAUUGAUCUCACUACUAGACGUCAUCAUCAUGAUUCUGCCUAUGAGGUAUCAAGACAUUUGGGUCCUAAACAAGCUCAAGGGACCAAGAGGGGCCGGAGUUUUUGUGAAUUAUGCAAUGUUUCUUGCUCAAACCAUGAUUUAACCGCUCACCUCUCUGGUAGAAGGCACAGAGCUAACGUUGAGCUAGUAGCCCGUGGACGCCCUCUUGUCAGUAAUUCAACCGAACCAAAGUAUGCAUGGUGCCGAGUUUGCCGUUUGCGUUUCCGCAGCCAAGCAAGUUAUGAAACACACAUCUUAGGGAAAAGCCACCAAGAAAAACUUGAAGACCAAAACGAGCAUUCCAAAAAGCGCAUCUGCAGGACCCCCUAAUCGUUUCAUAUAAGAUUUUGGAGGGAAGACAUAAUGCGAUUAGAGUUUGUUAAUUCCCAAACUUGUCUUUUGAGUCUCAUCUUUAGUUGUUGGUUGAACAACUUUUGGUUUCGGUUUUCAUUUAGUCUCGUCUGUGUUUUUGGAUAAAAGCCGAGAGCUGAGCCCACGUUGAUAACUUUUUUUUUUUUCAAAAAUUGGGAACCUAGUAGAUGAUGAUGUGAAGUGA